AGGUUUUGGUUUGAACUCGACGAAGUUUUCCGGUUAUCCUUCGCAACAUAUCAACGAACAGUGGGAAGCGCUUUACAACUAAUACCCGCGAAAGAGGCGCGACUGAUGCGGAACAAAACUCUGCCUAUCCCGGACGACGACAGUCACUACAUUGUGUCGCUUUCUGUAUUCCAUCAACUCCAUUGCCUGAAUAGACUUAGACUUGCCAUAUACGGCGGAGUGGAUUGGACCGACGAAGAUGAUAGUCUGGGAAUAACUCAUAUUGACCAUUGUAUCAACGCUUUACGACAAAGUCUCAUGUGCUCGGCUGACCUGACACCUCUAACCUGGAGGAGAGAUUUGGAGGACGGGGUAGCCAAGGAAGUCAUGGAGGUGGUGCACACUUGUAGAGAUUUCGACGCUGUGAUUGAAUGGGGUCGUGACCGACAGCUCCAGAAGGCGUUCAACUUCACCAAGAUGGUUGAAAGUGAUCCUCUGGGGUGGAAUACAUACGCUGCUUAAACUUCUGGUCUGGAUGGGUGUCUCAAUACGGAAUCGUGGCUCCUUGGAAGUUUGUACGUUAUGUGGAAAAUCCCGUCGGCAGCGGAGUCAUUGCGGAGGUCCAGGAUUCCAGAUGACAGCGAAUUUAUCUGGGCGAGUCACACUCCGCUUCUUAAGAUAGAAAGCUGUGUGGUAUCGCCAGCCGG